AUGGAGGGAUUUCUCAUCGUGGUGUCUCUGUUAAUCUUCUGCUCUGUCACCGUCCGUGCUGCAACUGUCACCGCAAGUGUUGGCAACACCAUUGUCACCACAAGUGUUGGCGACAUUGUGGGAUUUUCAGACUCCUGGGAGAAUGUUACCGUCAACAAAUACCUCGGAGUUCCCUUCGCCGAGGUACCUACGGGUGACCUGAGAUUCGAAGCACCGGUUGCGAAAGCGCACUUUACUGCCCCCUUCUCCGCUAACGCUUUCGGCCCGCGUUGUAUCCAGCCUUUUAAUCCUGUAGACAAUCAAACGAUGAGCGAGGAUUGCCUGAGAUUGAACCUAUACGUACCGACAAGUGGUGAGGCGAACAAGGCUGUUAUGGUCUGGAUUCACGGCGGCGGAUUUGUUCUCGGUCACGGUGAUUUAUACGACGGAUUAAAGAUGGCCGCCCUCGGUGACGUCAUCAUUGUGACCUUAAACUAUAGGCUUGGAAUCUUUGGUUUCUUCACAACAGGGGAUGCAAACGCAAGUGGUAACUAUGGAUUACUGGAUCAACAACUAGCUCUAAAGUGGGUGAAGAACAACAUUGGUGCGUUUGGCGGCGAUCAGAACAGGGUGACUAUUUUCGGAGAAUCGGCGGGCGCAGCAUCUGGUACAUGGCAAAUGUUAGCCCCCAGCAACAAGGGUAUGUUUCAACGAAUCAUCGCAGAAAGUGGUGUUGCCUCGUCGCCUUGGGGUUUUCCGAAUCCGAAAACUACCACUGGCUAUUCAAACAACCUUGCGAGGGUUCUUGGCUGCGCCAAUGCUGACUCUAGUGAAGUUGUUGCAUGUCUCCGAAAGCUCCCAGAGCAGGCAUUUGGAGUGGAAUCAUCUAGCGACGGCUUUCCGCAUAGCAUAAGUGGCCUCGAAGUCCCGGUUGGGCCGAGGGUAGAUGGAACAUUCAUUACAACUUCACCCAACUGCCUCGACCCUGGCCAAAGGAUAGAAGAUCAUCCUUUAUUUAAAUCGGUCGACUUCUUAGUUGGAGCGAACAAGUACGAAGGCUCGCCUUUCUUGGCUAACACUAACCUUGCUAUACUCGCGGAGAAUAAGUCUAGCCUUUACGAUGGAGUGUCUGAAGCUGAUUUCAAGAUGAUAGCAACAAGUUUUGCAGGCUUGGACGAUGAUAAAGCAGUAGACACUCUCUGGAAGCGAUACGCAAAGGGACAGACUCAGAUGACAGACGCAAGGGAUUUUCUGGAAUUUCUGGGUGAUGCGCUCUUCUACAAAAUGAUAAUAAGAUUCCUGGACAGCCACGUGGUUGAUUCUACUGGUUCGACAUAUUUCUACAGCUUUCUCCCUAUGCCAAGUAAAGAAGUUGGUAGUAUUGCAUACGGUGCAGUACCACCAGUAUCUCCCUAUGUUGAUGGCUCAAUUCACACUGACGAACUUGGUUAUAUUUUUGGUAACACUACAAUGUGGAAAUCAGGAGGGGGCGCCCCGGGCGAGAAGGAACUAUCAGAUGCCAUGAUUACAUACUGGACGAACUUCGCCAAAUCAGGAAAUCCAAACAAGCCAGCCGCAGUUUCUCACAAGUGGCCAGAAUACAAUUCAAGUGAAAAGAAAUUCAUUGAGUUCGACAUCCAGAACAAAAAACUCGAUCUCCGCAAUCGUUCGUCAUACCGAAGUCAAUUCCUGAGUUACUGGAAUGGCAUCGAACCAAGGAUGCAGUACCUGUGUGCGACUGAUGCUUCUCAAUCGAUUCGACCAUGUGGCCUUUCAAACCUGAUUAAGUUUGUGCUCUCUUUAAUCUCGGGUGUAGAGCAGUAA